CAACGGAAAUGUCUAACCGAGAAGAAGCCGAGAUACAAAUUUCGGAAUUAGAUUUGCUGUCUAGCAUGUUCCCUUACGAGGAAGAGUUCAGCGUGACUGACCAGGUGGCUGUGGCAGAACUGAAGCACUAUGUUGAAGAUGAGUCUGCAGAGAUGCCGUCUUCAAAAGUUCAGUUUGUACUGAACGUAAAGCCAGAGGUCGCUAAUGCCUCUAUGGUGGCAUUCUCUAUGUCCUGUGCCUUACCAUUUCAAUAUCCAUCUGUUCUACCAGAAAUUACUGUGAGGUCACCAUUAUUAAGCCGCUCUCAGCAGGUUCACCUGAACUCUGAUCUAAAAACAUAUUUGAUGCAACACUGCAGUGGUGAGCCUUGCAUGUUGAGUGCAAGGGAAUGGGUCAAAGACCAUGCAGCUGCUUACAUUGACAAAGAGCUUUCAUCUUCCUCGGUGAUGUCAUCAAAUGCUAUUCAGUCAGAAGACGCCAUGUUCACUCGGAUGUGGAUCUAUAGUCAUCACAUUUACAACAAGCAAAAAAGAAAGAAUAUUAUUGACUGGGCCAAGGAACUCUCUCUGACAGGGUUUUGCAUGCCAGGCAAACCAGGUGUUGUUUGUGUAGAAGGUCUACAAAGUAAUUGUGAAGAGUUCUGGUCAAGAGUAAGAAGAUUAACGUGGAAAAGAAUUGUCAUUCGGCACAGAGAAGAUGUUUCUUUGGAAGGUGGAGGACAUGCUGAGAUUCAGAGGCAAAGAAAGUUCUCUGCUUUGGAAGAAAAAUGUUUUGAUGCACAUGGUGCCAGAGGAAAUCAUAUGGAUUUGGGGCAGCUAUAUCAUUUUUUAGAAGAAAAAGGAUGUGCUGAUGUUUUUCAAAUGUACUUUGGGGUGGAAGGGCAUUGAAAGGGCUGAGGAUCACCACAGGUCC